UUGAAAUUAUUUGAUCAGAUACCAUCCAAGGAAUUAUUCAGAAGCUCAUGAUCCAUUUUUACAGCUAUCCAAGCCAAAACUCGUGGGUUUCUCUUAAUUUAGUGCCAGGUUAUUUGAAUUACAGAGCAGGGAAGUGGGGAGGAGCCCUGGUGCAGGCAGGAAAUGGUUAAAGAGUUGCUAUCACCUGGGAAAGCAAUCCUUUGAUUUUUCAGAGGGCGCUAACAUGCUGCAGUUCAUGGAAACAAAGGGAAGGGGAUCAAGUAGAAAAGUUGUUCUUGGAUUUUAUUCUCAGUGGCAAAACUUGUGAGGGCUGCAUAUUGAUGUCUGCGGGGAAAAUACGGAGUUUUUGGAUUAAAAGGGAUUUUUUUUCCCCUUCUUAUCGUCAUUCAAAAAAGCAUCUGUGAGGGAGCAGAGGCAGGAGCGUGAGUCAACAACUGCGCCGAGCCCACGACGCUCGCUCGCCUGUGUUGUCUGCAUUCAAAUCGCUUGCAUUAAUUCCUGAGCUGGAGUAUGGAAAUUCAGCAACUGGGAGAAACAUAAAUGAGUCAGGGGAAUUUGCCACUCGGAGUUGCAUGUGGCUGCCCCAAGGGUGAUGGAUGGUCGUGACUGUCACUGAGAGCCAGUGCCACCUGAAGGGAAGUUUUUACACCCCGAGGAGAACCCUACCAAACCCAUCCAUUCAUAUUGGAGCUGAGAAUAAAUUGCACUCUCACUCUUGGCCAGCUUGAGACAUUUGCCUCCAAGGUGCUGAGUUCUGGUGGAUUUCUCGAGCUUGAUGAUCUUCUAGCCCUUGGACCUCUCCUUUGGACUCCAGUUGUCUUCCCAGCUCCAGAAGUGGUGCCCCACACCCAAAGAAGAGUUCAGCAGAAGCUCCAGCAGAGCCAGCUGAAAGGAGAGGACUCCCCACCUCCCCAGUGGUGUCAGAAGGAUGAAUUUCCUCCUGAGCUCCUCUUCCCCACUCUGAGUUGUCUCCAUCACUUGUUCUCAGCUCUGCCUCUGAUAUCCCUAUGAUUUGGUGUGGCUGCCCUCACCAGCUGAAAAAUAUGUCCAUCAGAGGCCUGAAGAAGAAACAACCAAAGACUUUUAAAGUCAGAAUUAUAACAGUGGAUGCUGAGAUGGAGUUCAGCUGUGAGAUGAAGUGGAAGGGGAAGGAUUUGUUUGACCUGGUGUGCCGAGCCCUUGGUUUAAGGGAGACCUGGUUCUUUGGCUUGCAGUACACAAUUAAAGGAAUGUGCACCUGGUUAAAGAUGGACAAAAAGGUUUUGGAUCAAGAAAUCCCCAAAGAAGAUCCCAUUAGCUUUCAUUUUUUGGCUAAAUUCUACCCAGAGAAGGUAGAAGAGGAACUCUUACAGGAAAUUACCCAGCAUUUAUUCUUCCUUCAGGUUAAGAAGCAGAUCCUGGAUGAGGAAAUCUAUUGCUCACCAGAAGCUACAGUUUUACUGGCUUCUUAUGCUGUUCAGGCCAAGUAUGGUGACUACGACCCAAAUUUCCACGAGCCAGGCUUUCUAGCCCAUGAUGAGCUGUUGCCCAAAAGGGUGCUCAGGCAGUACCAGCUGACAGCAGAGAUGUGGGAAGAGAAGAUCACUGCUUGGUAUGCUGAGCACAGGGGUAUUGCCAGGGAUGAAGCUGAGAUGAACUAUCUGAAAAUUGCCCAAGACUUGGAAAUGUAUGGUGUCAAUUAUUUCCCAAUUGCUCAAAACAAAAACCACACAGAUCUCCUGCUUGGAGUUGAUGCCAAGGGUAUUCAUAUCUACAGCAUUAAUAACAGGUUCUCCCCCAAUAAAUCCUUUGAGUGGAGCUCCAUCAGAAACAUUUCCUGUAGUGAGAAAGAGUUAACUAUUAAACCCCUUGACAAAAAAGCAGAGGUCUUCAAGUUCUUCUCCUCUCAGCUCAAAGUGAACAAACUGAUUUUCCAGCUGUGCAUUGGAAACCACGACCUCUUUAUGAGGAGGAGAAAAGUGGACUCCAUAGAGAUCCAGCAGAUGAAAGCACAAGCCAGGGAAGAAAAAGCUAGAAAAAAGAUGGAGAACCAGAGGCUGGCCAGGGAGAAGCAGCUCAGGGAAGAAGCUGAGAGAGCCAAAGAAGAGCUGGAAAGGCGCCUUUUCCAGCUGGAAGAUGAAGCCAGGCAGGCCAACGAGGCCCUGCUCCGAUCCCAGGAAGCAGCAGAGCUGCUGGCUGAGAAAGCCCAGAUUGCAGAAGAAGAGGCCAAGCUGCUGGCUCAGAAUGCUGCAGAGGCCGAGCAGGAACGCCAGAGGCUGGAGAUCACAGCUCUGAAGAGCAAGGAGGAGAAGCGGCUGAUGGAGCAGAAGAUGCGGGAGGCGGAGCUGAUCGCCGUGAAGCUGGUGAAGGAGUCUGACAGGAGAGCCAAGGAAGCAGAGCACCUGAAACAAGACCUGCACGAAGCCCGCGAGGCCGAGCGCAAAGCCAAGCAGAAGCUCUUAGACAUAACCAGGCUGAAUUAUCCUCACAUGGCCAAGUACCCCCAGUACUCCCCAGGUGACAGCAGAGAUGCCAACUUUGACAAAGGAUCCAUCAAGCUGGAUUUGAAGGACAUCGACCUCAAGAGACUCUCCUUUGAGAUAGAGAGAGAGAGGCUGGACUACUUAGAAAACAGCAGGAAAUUCGAAGAUCGACUGAAAGAACUGAAGUCUGAAAUUCAUGCUCUGAAGCUGGAGGAGAAACAGGCUGGGCUUUACAGUCCCUGGAAUGAAGUCCUGGGCUCCUUGGAUCGCUCCUUAGGAAGUGCCCCAUCAUGGAUGAAAACCUUCGAAACUGGAGAGGCAGUGGAUGUAAAUCUUGAAAGACCUUUCCCUGCUUACUUGUUAAACACUGCAAGCAGCUGGCCCUGCACCAACAAAAUUCAGCACAUGGUGCCAGUGGAAAAGUCAUCUUCCCAAGCCAAUUCCCUGGCUGCCAACAGUGUGGGCACAGGAACCAGAAAACAGAUUAUAAAGGUUCAGCAGCAUGACUCAGAUGUGAUCUACAUUUGAAGCCCCUCAUUUCCCUGCCAGCCUGCUGGGACUGGUGGCCUUUUUGCCUCUGUGGGGACACUUGGGCAGCUCUGGCUGCUGCCAGGUGUGAGAGACAAGGCCCUGGGGAUCCAGAGCUGCCAUCCAGCUCCCAGGCAGGUGCCAUCAGCUGGGAAUGCCACAAGUGCCCCCAGUGAGGCUGGGAGCAGUGCAGAGCCAGAGGAAAUGUUGUUUACUGCCUGUGCACUUUGGAAGGAACACUUCCCACUUUGCUAAAACCCUUCCUCCCCCAGGUGUUUCACACACUUAGAGCUCUGCUGCUGGAGGAAGGAUGUGAGGCAGCAAGUGCCCAGGAGGUGUCUGGGAUGAGAAAACAGAACAUAAGCUUGGUGUUUAUCUCCACAAAAGACUAAUUAUGGUUUUGGUCCAGUCCCUGGGACAUGACUCCCACAGAGCUGCUCGACGUUUUAGUGUUUGCCUGCCAAGUAUUUUCCUUCUCCUCCCCAAACAUUUCUUGGUUCACUUAAUUGAUUUGCAUUUCUCUGUGAGAAAUCUCAGCUUUUAAUUCCAGAUGCAGAAGUGGACAUCUUCAAGGACCUCCCAUUCCUGGGGGAAUCCUUUGUUUGGAAUGCAAAGCUUCUGUUCUUCCAGUCCCUGACCAGAUCAAGCAUUUUCUGCUCGAGCAAACUUUGCAUACAUUAAGUGCCUUUCCACUUCUGUGCAGCACAGCUCCCAAAUUAGACAAAGACAAAAGAUGCUCUUGGUGUCUGCUAAAGUGGGACUUGUUUCUGGUGGAGAGGUGCAUGCAGCAAAGUGCCUGCCUCAUUAGUAAAACCCACUUGCAUUUUCUGGUUUUGUGUGUGUUUAAGUGUCUGCUUCUCCAUAAAUCUUCACUCUGAGGACUUCUGGGGGAGCAGGCAACAUUCAGCUGCAGCCAAAGCAGGAGCCCAGCUGAACUUGUGACAUGUGAUGUAAAAAUGAAUGGUAAUGUUGUUAAAUGUCUUGUUCUAAAAGCUAAGAUUAAAGAAAAAAAAAACAGGUUCAACAAAAA